AUGUUUAUUCUCAAGUCUACGGACGAUGCUCCGUCCAGCCAUCCCCAACCAACCCCGGACGACAUGUCUCCCGCGGCUCCGAACCGGAGUCCAGAUGGGCUUUGUUCGGGGCCACAGCAUCGAGGCCUGGGUAUCACGGUCCCAAUCUGGUCUCACUCGCAGUUGGGCCCUAUUGCCCUACACUACGGAUCGUUCACCGAGUAA